AUGGAGAGCCGAAAGGACAUGGUUAUGUUUCUGGAUGGGGGUCAGCUUGGCACUCUGGUUGGCAAGAGGAUCUCCAAUUUGUCCGAAGCCGUGGGCAGCCCGAUGCCCGAGCCGCCCGAGAAGAUGGUGCCCCGUGGUUGCCUGAGCCCGCGGGCUGGUCCUCCGGCCGCACGGGAACGCGGCGGGGGAGGCCUGGAAGAGGAGCAGGUCGACGGACUAUCAGGCAGCGCCGCGGGGCCGGGCGCCGAGUCUCGGGCAGCGGGGGCCGCCGUGCUCGGCCCCGGACCUCCGUCUGCCUCCGCCGACAGCCUCUCAGGCCAGGGGCCACCCAGCAGCUCGGACACCGAAUCGGAUUUCUAUGAAGAAAUCGAGGUGAGCUGCACCCCGGACUGCGCCACGGGGAACGCCGAGUACCAGCACAGCAAAGGGCCUGGCUCCGAGGCACUGGCCAGCAGUCCCAAUGGCAGCAGCGAGGCUCCCAAAAGCAAUGGCAGCGGUGGCUCCCAGGGCACCUUGGCCUGCAGCACUAGUGACCAGAUGCGACGGUACCGUACUGCCUUCACCAGGGAGCAGAUUGCACGGCUGGAGAAGGAAUUCUACAGGGAGAACUAUGUAUCCAGGCCUCGAAGAUGUGAGCUGGCGGCUGCCCUAAACCUGCCGGAAACCACAAUCAAGGUGUGGUUCCAGAACCGGCGCAUGAAGGACAAGCGGCAGCGGCUGGCCAUGACGUGGCCGCACCCGGCCGACCCCGCCUUCUACACGUACAUGAUGAGCCACGCGGCGGCAGCGGGCGGCCUGCCCUACCCCUUCCCGUCGCACCUGCCCCUGCCCUACUACUCGCCCGUGGGCCUGGGCGCCGCGUCCGCCGCGAGCGCCGCCGCCUCGCCCUUCAGCGGCCCGCUGCGCCCGCUCGACACCUUCCGCGUGCUCUCGCAGCCCUACCCGCGGCCCGAACUGCUGUGCGCCUUCCGCCACCCGCCACUCUACCCGGGCCCGGCGCACGGACUGGGCACCGCGGCCGGCGGGCCCUGUUCCUGCCUCGCCUGCCACGGCAGCCCGGCCAACGGGCUGGCGCCCCGCGCCGCCGCCGCCGCCGCCGCCGCCUCGGACUUCACCUGUGCCUCCACUUCCCGCUCGGACUCCUUCCUCACCUUCGCGCCCUCCGUGCUCAGCAAGGCCUCCUCCGUGGCGCUGGACCAGAGGGAGGAGGUGCCCCUCACGAGAUAA